CAGGUGUAAACCGUUGUACAGAGAUAGUACAUAGCAUACCAAUAACAGCGAGGAUCGGAGUUCAUUGCGAUGGAGAUCCUCUAUACAGCUAGCUAGACAAGACCCCAUAGUCCUCGACAAUCUCAUUAUGGUCCGGCGGAUACAAGGAUGGGAUCCAGUACUGAUUAUCAGCCAGAUCAUAUCCCUGCAAACACUGCACUAUCUACUCCUUAGUCUGGUGAUACCACCCUUGGUCACCGUGCUCACCGAUGGGAACGCUCUAACAUAUGCGGGAGGACCGUAUAACAAGGGUUACGUGCUAGAUUGGCGAGAGAUCGCUAGCAGAACAACAGCAAAGAAGUUGCCUCGUGAACCGCCGACUGUAGAGAAGCGACAGAUCGCUUUAUCGACAACGGAAGCAGCACAAGCUUCUGGACGGAUAUUCAGAGGCUCACACGAGUCUUUACCAGCGGAGAAUGUGGACGUUGCCGUAGUCUCGUUCCUACAACGUUCUCUAUCGAGACGGGACAACGAACGGACGCACUACGCCGUCAAGGACGAAAAGGAUGACGAUUUCGAGGUUUGGGAUUAUGGUGUGAGCCGACGGAGAGGCUGGAUAUUAGCAGGAACAUGGCUCCUAGCAUGUUUCGUCGACAUCAUCCCUCUCUACUACCUCAUUCGCAAACCAACGCACAUCCUCGAUUUCUCCCUCACCCUACUCUUCAACCACGUCUUCAUCUCGACAUACAGUACAGGGUCAUUCCCUACGAGCUUGUUCUUCUGGGUGGUCAUGUUAACCGGGGCGAUCAUCAUGAUCGUCGGGGCCGAGCAGCUCUGCGUCAAGAGGGAGAUGAGCGAGGGACUCGGCGCCCAGUCUUUCGCACAGGAAGAACGGAAUCCGCUCCAGGCAGAGGAAUUCGAACUGGACGAGCGGUAGCUGCGAUACCCCUCUCUGCUUUUACUCAAACCGCUUGUACUCAGGUCUCCAACUGGAUGUCACAUUCAGCAAACUAUGCAUCAAUUAUUCAUCACCGGG